CAACGAGAGAUUUGACAUGAAAAGAUUGUUGGUAAAGUUGUUAUUAUACAAUCUAAUAUUUAUAAAUGCAACAGCUUUUUUAUCGGAUUAUAAUCUCGAUGUUAUACCAGAGCAUUAUAACCUCAAGUUGGAACCAUAUUUUGAAGUAAAAAUGGAAAGUUUUAACUUUUUCGGUAGAUGCGAAGCCUACGUCAAUAUUUCCAUUCCAACGUACAGCAUAAGUUUGAACGCACAAAAACCGCAAAUAGAAAUACUAAAUACUAUUGUCACCAAUAGAGAGUCAUUCAAAAUUUAUGAGCCGUCAGAUAUUACGUACAAAAAUGAAUCUCAUAUUCUCACGUUUCACUUCGAUGAUAUAUUAUCAAAAGGACAUUAUUUAUUAAACAUGAGCUUUAUCGGACUCACAGAUAAUUAUGGAAUCGUUUUCUUCAGAACUUACACACAUUUUAAUACAGAUAAAAGGUUGUUUGUCGCAAUACAACUCGGGGCAAUUGGGGCGCGACAAUUGUUUCCAUGCUGGGACGAGCCUGCAUUUAAGGCUACGUUUAAUAUUAGUGUUAGACAUUAUAUGGGGUAUUCUGUUUGGUCAACUAUGCCGAUACGAGAAGAAACUGUCGAUAAAAAUGACAUGGUGUGGACUCACUUCAAAAUCACUCGUUCAAUGCCUACUUAUCUCAUAUCGCUCCUACUAUAUGAUUCAUAUUCGUUCCCGAUCAUUGAGUAUGACAGAAUAUACAAUAUGUUAUUCCAUUUGAACACAAAAUUUGCAAGAAGAAUCAUUCAAAAUGUUACAAGACGCUUCGAAAUCGAAUGGAUGGCAUAUUCUCAGAACCUUUCAUCAACAAAUCAUCUUAUAAUUCCCGCGGGUCCUCAGCAUAAUAGCAUGGGACAUAUUCUUUAUAGAGCCUCAAAUGUUUUCUAUAUUAAUACGUUAGAUCCUAUUUCGAAUAAAAUAAAAACAGCGUGCUUAAUAGCACACGAAGUGGCACUUCAAUGGAUUAAUAAUCUGGUUAGCCCAUCCUCGUGGUCUGAUUUUUGGUUGAAUGAGGGUAUUGCUAGGCUGUUAGGAAUGGAUAUGAUCGACAAGAUUUUUCAAGAUUCAAAUUACACAAGUAUAUUAGAUCUGUUUGCAGUACAAAGUAAAUUAGAAUCUCUUCAGUUGGAUCAUUAUCUUUUGGGUAUUAUGGAUCCUCUUAUACCAAAAAUCAACAAAACCUCGGAAAUUGAAUCACUUUUCUCUUUUUCUUAUUACAUCAAAGCACCUGUUAUAUUGCGUAUUUUACGACAGCAUCUUUUGGAUGAAUUGUACCUACAUGGUAUUGAGAUUUUUCUUAAUGAACAUAUGUUUAGUUCAGUAACUAUUGAUGAUUUCUGGGGUGCUAUGCAAGAUGCUCUAUAUACAGCUGAACGCAAUAUAUUUCAUGUAAAAUGGUUGAUGAAUGCCUGGACAAAUCAAAAACAUUAUCCUAUGCUGAAGGUUGAAUACUCUAACUGUACAUCUUUGAGAAUAUCGAUAGAUAAUUUUUACCAGUUAGUUAACGAUGACUGGUUAUUACCUAUAAUUAUAAUUACUAUAAAAUGGAAAGAAAAUAUUUUAAAAUCAAUUAAAAUGCGUUAUACCUACAAUAAAGUACAAAAUAAUAUUUCAUACAUAGAAAUUGAUGAA